UAGAAAAAGGAUCAGUGCUGUCUUAGACAGUCAAUCAGAUUGGAAAUUUUUUGUAGACACUGAAUAUGCCAUGAUUGUCGCCAAGAAGAAACAAAGCAAUAGACUCGAUGUCUCAAAGCUUAAGGACUUAGCAACUGUGGACGCCUUUUAGACCGUCCACCGGCAGACAGUGGUUCAACCUGAACAGUAUGCAGAAGGGUCCCAAGUACAUAUCGGAUACUUAUCUCUCCCUCUUCCUGGCCCAGCUGCGGACAGAGGGGUACUUCAUAUUCGUCGCCAGAGGUGAGCUACCGUCAAGCGAGGCCGAUCAGAUGUUGACCUUGUGUCCCUAUGAUCACUCUCUUGAAAGAGAAGAGAAAGUAUCUCAAGCUAAGAAGGACGCAGCCAAAAAGGGACACGAUUGGGGCGAACCGGCUGGAUCUGUGUUGAACCCUCUUAACACCUCUUCCACAUCAUCAUCAUCCUUUUCAGAUAAAAGCACUCCCGUAACAACAAACCCUGAUGCGAUCAGAAACAAACGUCUCAAAUAUUUCAUGGACGGUAACGGGGACACUUCAGACGCAGAUAAAUCAAUACCUGGAGAGAAACCUGUAAAAGUAGCGAAUAGUUCAACUGUUGUUGAUCAUGAUGAAUUUGAAGUGAUAGAAUCCGAUUUUAAUGAUGACCCGGAACUAGCUGAGGCAAUCAGAUUGUCUUUACUUCAAAGUUGAUUAGGUUUAAAUUAGAUUUUGAUACUUCAUGUUUUGUGCGCUAGUUCUUAGAAUUUCAAAUUUGAUGCUUCGUUUCAUUUCAUUUUCACCUGAGCAAAUGAAUAACUUCUUUAGAAUUUUGUUUCACCUACGCAAU